AUGGGAGGUCCCCAGGGGAACCAGCGCCUGCUGGGCUGCACCCAAUUCAGGCCCCGUGACACAGGUGGAGCCGUGCUGUGAAUCCUGUGUCUGGUGCUCUGCGGCCCGCUGACCCCCGCACGAGGGGACCCUGGGGCUCUGCUGCGGUUGGGCAUGGACGUCAUGAAUCGUGAGGUCCAGAAUGCCAUGCAUGAGAGCCGUAUCCUGGAGAAGAUGGCAGCUGAGGCAGGCAAAAAACUCCCAGGCAUGAAACCCAUCAAAGGCAUCACUGAUCUGAAGGUAAAGGAUGUGCAGAUACCAGUCAUCACACUGAGCUUCCUACCUGGGGUGGGCAUCUUCCAGUGUGUGUCCAUGGGCAUGACCAUCACUGGCAAGAGCUUCAUGGGUGAGAACAUGGAUAUCUUCGUGGUCCUGAACAUCACAGCCACCAACCGGCUUCUGCAGGAUGAGGAGACGGGCCUCCCCAUGUUCAAGAGCGAGGGCUGUGAGGUCAUCCUUGUCAGCGCAAAGACGAACCUGCCUAGCAACAUGCUGCCCAAGAUGGUCAACAAGUUCCUGGACAGCACCUUACACAAAGUCCUUCCUGGCCUGAUGUGUCCAGCCAUUGAUGCGGUCCUGGUGUAUGUGAACAAGAAGUGGGCCAACCUGAAUGGUGACCCCCUGCCCGUGGGCCAGAUGGGCACCGUCAGAUAUGUCCUGGCGUCCAUACCGACCACCACUGCCAGCCAUAUUCAAGUGGACUUCAGUCCUGUGGUGCAGCAGCAAAAGGGCAACACCAUCCAGCUUGCUGAUGCCGCGGAGGCCGAGUUCCCCGAGGACUAUGCCGAAGGCGCCUCACAGCUGCUGCUCUCAGCCACCCUCCUCACAGCAGAGCUUGCUCUUCUGCAGAAGUCCUUUGAUGUGAAUGUCCAGGAAAUGACGAUUGGCGAGCUGCCCCCACAAACCACUGAGACACUGGCUGGCUUCAUCCCUGAAAUGGCCAAGGCCUAUCCCAAGCCGAAACCCCUAGUGACCCAGAUCAGGAUAAACAAGCCCCCCAAGGUCACUAUGAAGACAGGCAAGAGCCUGCUGCAGCUCCAUGGCACCCUGGAGACGUUUGCUCCUCUGCUGCGGGGCAAGGCUCCUGUAUCCCUCUUUCUCCUGGAAAUUCACUUCAACCUGAAAAUCCAGUACUCAGUUCGUGAGGACCGGCUGCAGAUGGCCACCUCUCUGGACAGAUUACUGAGCCUGUCCCGGGGGUCCUCAUUGAUUGGUGCCUUCAACGAAAGUGCAUUGACUGGCUUCAUCACUGAUUUUCUCCAAGAAGCCUACAUCCCAGCCAUCAAUGAUGUGCUCCAAGCUGGGCUCCCAAUUCCAGACUUCCUGGACAUGAAUUACAACCUGGCAGAGCUGGACAUAGCAGAGAAUGCCCUGCUGCUGGACUUGAAGCUGGACUGA